AUGGGGAACCCAGACACGGACAAAGAUGUCGAAAACAACAAGGAUCCGGCUGCCAUGAUAGCCACUGCCUCGAUCGAUGAUAUCGAUGCUGAAGCACGGAUUGCCACGGAUGAAGAACAUGGUCAUUCUUUUUGGGAAGCCGUCAGGCUGUACCCCACGGCUGUUGGAUGGUCCAUGUUCUUCUCGCUUGGGGUGAUUAUGUGUGCUUUCGAUCCCCAGUUGCUAGGCCAGCUCUAUGCGACCCCGGCGUUCCAGCGAGACUUUGGCUAUCUCUACGACGGCAACUGGAUCAUCUCGGCUCCUUGGCAGACAGGCCUAAGUAUGGGCAGUCCGAUUGGGCAGGUCGUAGGGGCAUUUUUUGCGGCUUUCCCAAUGGAGUGGUACGGGCGGAAGAAGACGUUUGGCGCAUGUGUCAUCCUCACCACCGGCUGUGUCUUCAUCCAGUUCUUCGCCCGCUCACUUCCAGUCCUCCUGGUGGGAGAGCUGCUGGGUGGCCUUGUCCUAGGGACCUACGCGGUCAUCGCUCCGGCAUACGCGUCGGAGGUGUGCCCUCUGGCGCUCCGCGGUGUCCUCACAUCUUGCACCAACAUCUGUUUCGUCACUGGCCAGUUGAUAGCCAACGGCGUGAUUGCGGGAACCCAUGUACUUGACAGCCACUGGGCUUAUAGUGCGGCUUUCUGUGCGCAAUGGAUCUGGCCCUUGGUCAUCCUCAUCGGCCUACCGUUUGCUCCAGAGAGUCCGUGGUGGCUCCAGCGACGAGGCCGGUUCGAGGAUGCCGAAAAGGCUCUGAAGCGACUCGCUUCAUCGAAUGUCGACGUCAAGCCCACACUCGCCAUGAUCAUCGAGACCGACCGGCUCGAGAGAGAAAUGGAGUCCGGCACGACGUACUGGGACUGCUUCAACAAGAUCAACCGACGGCGCACCGAGAUUGCUAUAGGGGUGUACACGAUCCAAGUGCUCUCGGGAAUCUAUCUAGUUGGCUAUGCCACUUAUUUCUUCACACGCAAGUCCCAGUCCCCAGUCCCGGUCCUGAUUGCCGGGCUACCGACCGACCAAGCAUUCAACAUGGGCGUCGGCUUCCUCGCCGUCGGGUUCGUGGGGACCUGCCUGUCGUGGGUGCUGCUGAUUUACUUUGGUCGACGAACAAUCUACAAUUGGGGGCUUGGCUUGUUGGCGGUGCUCCAGAUCCUCAUCGGCAUCCUCGAUUGCGCGCCCAACUAUGACAACCGGCCGGCCAUCUCGUGGGCCCAGAGCGUCUUGAUGCUCGUUUGGAAUUUCUUCUACGAUCUUUCCAUCGGCCCCGUCUGUUUCGUGCUCCUCUGCGAAGUCUCGGCCACCCGGCUCCGCGGCAAGACCAUUGCCCUAGCCACGGCCGUCCAAGCCCUCGCCGGCAUUGUCAUGACCGUGGCCAUUCCCUACAUGAUCAAUGCCGACCAAGCCAACAUGCGCGGAAAGCUGGGCUUCUUCUUUGGGGGUCUGGCCAUCUUGUGUCUUGUCUGGUCUUACUUCCGAGUUCCAGAAUUGUAA